UAUAAGGGAUACUGUACCCCCUACUGUAAAUGAUAAGGACACAGCUGACGUCCCCACACUCGGUAUAUAAGGAUAUCGGUUACAGGGAUAUUAUACAGAUUACAAUGACACUUGGGGACAAUGUGCCACGUCGCUAGGGAAGAGCUGUUCUGCCUAUUAGAACACUAAAUCCUACGGGGCAAUUAAAGCCCUUAAUACCCCCCUCCGGCACCGACUCAUGUGCGACUCGGCUGCGUCACCGCGUUGCACUUACCCUUUAAUUAGCAGCGCUAGUGACAAACCUUAACCCCCAGUUAAAGACAUUGCGGUGCCUGGUUUAACCCUACGAUACCCAGCCCCUACCUGCUCGCUAAGGAUUGUGGGAGCUGCAGUCCUACAGCAGUUGGGGCCCCUCCCUCUGGCUAAAUAAAUACGUGCCAGGAUGCCGAACCCCCGGCUGCCACGAUGCUGACGAUUUUCUGGGCCAGACUCCUUUUAUUGUACUGAUUAGAGGGGACAACGCCCGACACUCCCCGGUACCGGGGCAGAUCCAAUUACCUGCCCUACAUUAUGCUUGUAUUCGUAGGGACGCUGUAGAACCUAGAGCCCUGUACGGUUGCUAGGGGCAGUAGCCCUAGCAACCUGUUUGCGAAAGUCGCCCUUCCAGUUUGGGACCGGUCCCACCUACUGGGCAGAUAAGGGCCGGCCCAUAGUUCGGAUCUAUAAGGAACUCCUGGUUGUGCCUGGGAGUCCAGUCCUGAGGAAGAUGGGUCAGAACCAGUCGGUACCGGAGACGAACCCCCAGUCGGACAUUGUCUGUGAGAUAUUCAGCCAGGCGGUGGUUCACGCCUCCCAAAAGCUCAAAGAUUACCUCGGUUUCGAAGACCCAUUUGGGUCGUUCCGUCCCGGUACCGACACCUUGAACGAACUCUUCCUGGUCAACUUCAUCAACUUCUGCCUGGAGAAGGGAGUGGAGGAGCGAAUCGCCACCAACAAGAUGACCCAGCAGCAGUCCGCCUUGUUCGGGGUCGACUGGAUCUGGACCCUGUCCGGUUCCGAUAAGGCGGUGAAGCUUCAGAUCGCGGUGCAAGCCUUCCAGAUAGCGGAGUUGGACCCCAAGGAGUCCGGUACCCAAGGCAAAGCCCCCAAGGAGGUCCAAUCGCCCGUCGGGGCUUCCAAGGACAAGAACCGGUUGGAGAAGCUGGAAGAGUUCUGCCGCCUGGUGGGUUCCGACUGUUUGGGUUUAUUCAUGGUGUAUGGACUCCCGGGGAAGCCCAAGGAUAUCAGGGGGGUUCUGUUGGACUGUGUGAAAAGGGACAUGAGGAAAAACGCUGCUUUGGGGGAGCAGGUUCUGUACCGGUACCUCCAGAACACCGACACCUUCCUGCCGACCCGGGACCUGCUGGACACCUGUAUGGGAAGGAAGAACGGGCAGCUCGGUAUCGGGAAGGUCUACAUCAACUUCCUAUAGCGGAACCGGUCCCUCGGCCCAAACCGACCCAAUGGCUGGUUCCGACCAAAGCUGAGGAAUUGUAUGGGGCAGUGGGGGCAAUAGUGGGUUAUUUGCCCUCGUCUGAAUUAUGGAGUCCUCUUUAUUAAACCCCACCCCCUCCUACUCAGUGAGGUCACUUCAACUGAUGACAUCAUAGCGCCACUGAAUUGUCAUUGGAUGAUGUCACUACCUGUGACUGACUGGGCUGGAUUCCAAUUGGUCCCUUUAUCCACUCUACUGUAUGGGCACAGGGAUCAUGCCAACUGGACCGGUGUUGGGUUCCGACUCAUGAACAGAGACUGUGUAGUUGUAUAAAAUGUUUAUAUUUUAUUUCAUGUUCUGACUCAUGAGCAGAGACUGUGUAGUUGUAUAAAAUGUUUCCCUGCAUUUCGGGUUCCGACUCAUGAGCAGAGACUGUGUAGUUGUAUAAAAUGUUUAUACUUUAUUUCAGGUUCCGACUCAUGAGCAGAGACUGUGUAGUUGUAUAAAAUGUUUCCCUGCAUUUCGGGUUCCGACUCAUGAGCAGAGACUGUGUAGUUGUAUAAAAUGUUUCUACUUUAUUUCAGGUUCCGACUCAUGAGCAGAGACUGUGUAGUUGUAUAAAAUGUUUCCCUGCAUUUCGGGUUCCGACUCAUGAGCAGAGACUGUGUAGUUGUAUAAAAUGUUUGCCCAGCAUUUCAGGUUCCGACUCAUGAGCAGAGACUGUGUAGUUGUAUAAAAUGUUUAUACUUCAUUUCAGGUUCCGACUCAUGAGCAGAGACUGUGUAGUUGUAUAAAAUGUUUAUACUUCAUUUCAGGUUCCAACUCAUGAGCAGAGACUGUGUAGUUGUAUAAAAUGUUUCCCUGCAUUUCGGGUUCCGACUCAUGAGCAGAGACUGUGUAGUUGUAUAAAAUGUUUGCCCAGCAUUUCAGGUUCCGACUCAUGAGCAGAGACUGUGUAGUUGUAUAAAAUGUUUAUACUUCAUUUCAGGUUCCGACUCAUGAGCAGAGACUGUGUAGUUGUAUAAAUGUUUAUACUUCAUUUCAGGUUCCGACUCAUGAGCAGAGACUGUGUAGUUGUAUAAAAUGUUUGCCCAGCAUUUCAGGUUCCGACUCAUGAGCAGAGACUGUGUAGUUGUAUAAAAUGUUUCCCUGCAUUUCGGGUUCCGACUCAUGAGCAGAGACUGUGUAGUUGUAUAAAAUGUUUGCCCAGCAUUUCAGGUUCCGACUCAUGAGCAGAGACUGUGUAGUUGUAUAAAAUGUUUAUACUUCAUUUCAGGUUCCGACUCAUGAGCAGAGACUGUGUAGUUGUAUAAAAUGUUUAUACUUCAUUUCA